GGAACAUAUAUCAUAUUUGGAUUUUGGUUUGUGAUAAAUGAAGUGUAGCCAAAGCUUAAGCUGAUCAAUUCUGGAAUGGAGUGAUUUGCUUGAACAUGGGAAUUGAAGUUCGAUAUGCGAGUUUAUUGGAGACUAAAAGACUGCUAUGGCUAGUGGCAUCCUUUUUUGUUAUGGUGUUGAUCAUUCAAUAUUUUGGAUUUCCAAACGUUUAUGUUGUGCCCUCAUUAUUUUCUUCCAGCAAAGGUCAAGUAGCAUUUUUAGGUAGCUUUCAAUCUGGUAAUUCUAGUGUGUCGGGAAACUUGACGUUUGCUAGUGUUUUAAACACUACUGCCUCAAAUGUUGUUCAUGAAGGAACAGCCAAAACUGAGCUGUCAAACACAAGUGAUGCUACCUUUAAAGACUCUAACAUUACCACGAAUAAAGAUACUGAAAUUGAAGACAAAUUUCCGCUGCAGGUUGCUCAUGGUUUUGAAUUUGGUAUGCCAAAAGCUAAUGUUACAUCUGAAAAUAAUGUAGUUCUAGAUAAGACAGAUAAAGACGAUAUUGCUCACGGAGUGGCAAAAAAUGAAACGAUAGACAACAGUCCUAUAAUCACAAUCGCUGCACCUUUGGCAGCGGUUAUCUCUCCUUUGACAUCGUCCAGCCAAAAUCAAUCAGCAGAUCAUUCUUGCAUGAGGAAUAUUCCUGCUGUGAUUGAAAGGUCUGACCGAGCAAGAAAAAGCGUGGCAUCAAUAGCUCAAAUGAAUUAUAUGCUGCAACAAAGUCGAACUUCAUUCUGUUCAAUGAAACCACGAUGGUCCUCGGUUGUAGAUCAAGAACUAUUACGUGCAAAAGAUCUGAUCGAGAAUGCGCCUCUCUUACAGAGUGAGCCGGGAUUAUAUGCCCCUCUAUUUAGAAAUCUAUCCAUGUUUAAAAGGAGUUAUGACUUGAUGGAGAAGACUCUCAAGGUUUACAUCUAUUCUGAAGGGGAAAGACUCAUAUUCCAUUCUGGACCUAUGGAUGGAAUAUAUGCUUCAGAGGGCUGGUUCAUAAAGCUUCUUCAAGAAAACAAAGGAUUUGUCACUAAAAAUCCCCAAAAAGCUCACCUAUUUUAUAUGCCUAUUAGUUUCCGAUUACUAAAGAUGACAUUGUACGUGCCUGAUUCUCACAACCGUACAAAUAUAAUCCAAUUUUUAAGUAACUAUGUUGAUAUGAUGGCGCAAAAGUAUCCUUUCUGGAAUAGAACGGAUGGUGCUGACCAUUUUAUUGUUGCCUGCCAUGACUGGUCCCCUGCAGCGACGAAUGAAAUUAUGAGUAAUUGCAUAAGAUCUUUAUGCAAUGCUGACCUGAGAGGUGGCUUCCAGUUUGGUAAAGAUGUGUCUCUACCACAACCGAACAUUCGCUUGAGGACGAACCCUCUUGCUGAACUUGGAGGAAAGCCAGUUUUCAAACGGCGUACCCUUGCUUUCUUUGCUGGACAUAUGCAUGGUUAUCUCCGCCCCAUACUACUGAAGCACUGGGAAAACAGAGAUCCUGACAUGAGGAUUUAUGGUGAAAUAACUAAGGCAAGCUAUUUACGGUACAUGAAGAGCAGCAAAUACUGCAUAUGUGCAAGAGGUUCUCAAGUAAACUCUCCUAGAGUGGUAGAAGCCAUUUACUAUGGGUGUAUCCCCGUAAUUUUAUCCGAUAACUAUGUCCCCCCGCUCUUUGAGACUCUAAACUGGGAAUCUUUUGCUGUAUUUGUCCAGGAGAAGGACAUCCCAAAUUUGAAAAACAUACUUUUGUCCAUUUCGGAUAAGAAAUAUAAGCAGAUGCAUGGGAGAGUUAAGCAGGUGCAACAGCAUUUUCUCUGGCACUUUAAGCCUUCUAAAUAUGAUGUUUUUCACAUGAUACUCCAUUCAGUUUGGCACAACCGAGUUUUUGGAAUGAGACGUAGGUGAUAAAUGUACAUAUACACUGGAGGUUAUAGACUUGAAGAUGAAAUAAUAAAUGGCUUGCAUUAAAUGUUCA